AUGGCUGCUGUUGCUGCGCAAGACGCUUCCUCCUCACUUUACUCUCUCCUCAUCUUCCCUUCUGCCCCCCCCUUGCCACCCCCCAGCUUCUCUUUCCUUGACAGAGGGGAAGAGGCUGUGGAGGAGACAGCAGGGGAAGAGGCUGUGGAGGAGACAGCAGGGGAAGAGGCUGUGGAGGAGACAGCAGGAGAGACUGUGUGCGAGCAAGCUGAACCACAGCCUAAGCCUGCAGGCGAGCACAAACCCGGUUACAAAACAACGAAGGAUGGGAUGGUCGAGGUUCCGAUAUCCGGACAAGCGUACGCAAACCUGCAAUAUCAGGCGAGCAGAUUGAACUGCUUCUAUCCAAAGGGGAGCGAGCGGGAGGGAGAGCCAGACGUAGGAAGGUUCUUGAACGACAUUGGUAGGAGGGCGAACCGAGUGUUUCAAGCCAUAUUGAUGGAACACAGAGGUGCCAACCAGAACGGUGGGGCAAGCGAUGAAGUCGACGAGGAAGAUCAACAGAAAACUCUGAUGCGUCUUGCAAAGAUCCCAGGGGUUAGGGAAAGAUUUCACGCGAUGUUUUUGGCAGAAACUAUACGAGAGACUCAGCAGAACCUCUCGGAGUAG